AUGAAUGACAUAGUACAACAACAACAACAACAACAACAGGAUACAAAGGAUAAUGAGAGGCUUGUUGUAUUCAUCUUGGGAACGACUGGUGUGGGCAAGUCAAAGCUUGCAAUAGAGUUGGCUAAGAAGUAUAAUGGAGAGAUAAUAAGUAGUGAUUCAAUGCAACUUUAUAAAGGUGCUGAUGUCAUUACCAACAAAGUGACAAACGAAGAGAUGGAAGGUAUUACACAUCAUAUGAUGGAUAUCCUAGAGAUCAAUCAAAUGGAUUAUAACGUUGGCGCAUUCAUAGCAACUGUUAUACCAAUAAUCGAUGAUAUACUUGCAAGAGGAAGACUUCCAAUCAUUGUUGGAGGUACACAUUAUUAUACAACAUCAAUACUUUGGAGUAAUACUCUCAUUUCAUUCGAUGAGGAUACAUCACAGAAUGUUCAAUCGAUGGCAUUCGCGACUUCACCAACAUCCACACCAUCCAAUACAUCAACUACAUCAACGACGACAACAACGACAACGACUACUACAAUGGCGACAUCACCAACACCAUUGCCUGUACAAGAUAGGAUAUAUACUUAUGAUAAAUUGAAAGAAGUUGAUGAGUUGAUGGCCAAGAAGUUACACAAGAAUGACGCGAGGAAGAUAAAGAGAAGUCUGGAUAUUUAUUAUGACACUGGAAAGAGACAUAGUGACAUGGUCCUCGAACAGAAGAAGACACAGAGAUAUCGUUCAUGUUUGAUUUGGUUGGAUUGCUCAGGUGAUGCACUAGAACAACGAUUGAAUGAUCGUGUCGAUACGAUGCUCACACGAGGCAUGGUUCGAGAGAUCUUUGACGUGUUCCAACGCGACGACAUAAUCAAUCAGAACAGCACGGAGAACUUCACCAAGGGCAUCACACAGGCGAUCGGUGUCAAGGAGUUGUACCCAUAUUAUCAACUGCGCGUCAAGAGGACCGAUGGAGACGAGGCCGACAAUCAGAUGGAACGGGCAGAGUUGGACAAGGGCGUGCAACAGAUCAAGAUAAGGACCAGACAGUAUGCAAUCAAACAGAGGAAGUGGGUCAAGAAGUUGACCGACUAUGAUCAAUUGGUGUUGCAUCGAUUGGACACCACUGAUUUGGCAUCUUGGAAGACAUCAGUAUCAGAUGUCGCUCAUGACAUUGUACAGACAUAUUUAGACAACAAGGAAUCAGAGAGAUAUAAUAGACAACAUCAACUUGGUGAUGGUGACAGUGGUGAUGGCAAUGGAAACAACAACAACAAGAAACAAAAGACAAAGUCAUCAUCAUCUUUGGACAAAUGGGAGAAACACUAUUGUGAAGUAUGCGAUAACAAAGAGUUGAAUGGUGCAUUGCAGUGGCGCAAUCAUCUCAAGUCCAAAGUACACAAUAACAAAGUGGCAAAACUAGAGAGACAAAGAGAAAGAGAACGCAAGUCACAACUGGAGGCAACCCAAACCCAAGGUGUUAAUGAUGUUCCAAUCAACGACGACAACAAUGCCGAUGUCAUUGUUAAUGAUGAUAAUAAUAAUAGCUCGUCGUCUUCUUCGUCUUCAGCAGCAGCAGAUGUUGUUGGGCCAAGUUGA